UUGUGAGAACCUCUUCUUAGCAAGCUUUCAUCAUGAUUGAGCAUUUCUUGGGAACCUGGAAGCUGGUAUCCAGUGAAAAUUUUGAAGAAUAUAUGAAAGAGUUAGGAGUGAGCGCUACCCUCCGGAACCUUGCUGGGUUAGCAAAACCCAGAAUCCAUAUCAGUGCCCAUGGGGAUAAUGUUAACAUCAAAACAGAAAGCUCUUUUAAGAACACAGAGAUCACCUUCAAGGUGGGGGAAGAAUUUGACGAAACCACAGCAGACAACCGGAAAGUGAAAAGCAUCAUAACCUUAGACGGUGGGUCCAUGAUUCAUGUCCAAAAAUGGCUUGGCAAAGAGACAACAAUCAGAAGACAAAUUGUAGAUGGGAAAAUGGUAGUGGAAUAUACCAUGAACAAUAUUGUCAGCACUCGAGUCUACGAAAAGAAAACUGGCCCUGUGUAA